AUUCCCACAAUUCUCAAUAACUUUCAUCAAUUUACCAUAAAUCUUCACAAAUCUGCAGUAUGGAAGAUCAGCAAGCCAGCCAACCGAUAAGUAUCGAGAGUGACAGUUCAACUACCAUCAUUGUCAAUAUGCCGGAAAUUACAACGGUCUGUGGGUCUGCAUGUGGCACUGGAUCUGGUUCUGGGUCUGGGUCUGUGUCUGUGGCUAGCGUAGCAGCCACAGAGGAAAGAACCAACGAUUCGGGUGUGCAUUUGUUGGUAUUGUUGUCCUUGGACAGGAAACCGCGACGCGUGACAUUUUCGGAGGGUGUUAUCGACAACGAAUUCCUCAAUCGUCGCAAAUCGAAAUGCUGUUGCAUUUACCGUAAGCCGCACGUCUUCGGCGAGAGCUCUUCAUCCUCGGACGAUGAGUGCGAGCAUUGCUGCGGUCAUCCCGAGGUGCGUCUGCGCAAUCGCCUAAGAAAAAAACAUCAGCAGCAAGAACAGCAGCAGCAGCAACAGAACGAGCCAGAGUCAAAGGUGCGAAAGUGCCAUUGUCGCUGUCAUGGUCAGCAGGCAGCCCCAACUCAGGAAGAAUCUGAAAAGGACACUGAGAUAACUGGUGACUCUGACAGUUUGAUGACCAAAACAGAACUCUAAGGCCCACCAAGAUUCGGAUGACAAUCACAAUCGAUAGUCAUAGAACUGUAGAUGAACUCUACGUUUCUGGAUAGUACUCAUGCUUCUACUAAAUUGUAAUGUUUAAUUCUCAUUUGUAGUCCACAACAAUUCCUUAAUUAAAUCACCAAUAACAUCUUUCA